AAUGAAUGGAAAAAGAAACCUAUAAAUUUAAAUCAGAGAGACUUAAGUUAAGUCACAUAUUAAGACAUAAUUAUAAUUUUGUAUUGAGCUCACUAUUUACAAAACUAAUACUGAAUUUGAAUUAUAUGUAAAGACAAAUACCAUCGCAUAGUAGUGUGACAUCCUGCAUUCGUGAGAAUUCCUGGGAUCCAUGAAUCGUGUCCAUUUAUUGUAUAUUGUACAGUAAAAAAUUAUUUUAAAUCUUUUUAUUUAAAAUUAAACACAAACACUACUUGACAAAAAUUGACACAAACAAUACGAUGAAUGGACACGAUCCUUGGAUCCCCAAAAUCCUCUCUAAAAAAAAUCGGAGAGGAUCCUGUUGGCAAGGGAACACUUAAUAGUGAAAAUUGGACAACUGAUGGGAAAAAAUCCUAUUUGGUUUUUGGUUCCGUUUGUAGAAAAAAUAGGAAGUUUAGAAACAAAAUAGAACUUUUGGGCGCAGUUUAAGCCCAUAAACACCACCAGCGUAUCUUACCAUGGAGCCUUAGGAUUUAUUGCGCAUAUUUGUGUCUGUUUCAUCAAACUCACGCAUAGUUUUAGUUUUUCAUGCGUGCGUUUGUGUUUAUGUAUUUUUGUUUUAUGAUUUUUGGGAGGAGGUGAGAUUAUAGCUAUUGUGCCUCGAACAGAUCAUCAAUCCAACCCCAAUCCCAUUGUCCAAAUCGAACAAGAACCCUCUUCGAAUACUCCAAAAUCUCUAUCCACUCUGGUUUUUUUUUUUCUUUUCCUUCUGUUUUUUUCUCGCCGACCGAACACGCCCCAAUAGCUAUCAUCAUUCAUCACCACAUAGAAUCAGGAAACCCCGUACUGGGUUUUGUUUGCGUUCUCGAUUUCUAGGUGAUUCGAUUCCUGUCUCUUGAUUUUCUGGUCGAGAAUAUUGAAGGUGACAUGCACCAGGUGUACGUGAGUUACAGAAUAAUUAAAGAAGGAGAAUAGCACUGGUUGUGUUCGUUGACGAUGAGUGGUCAGGUGGUCAAGAGAAAGAGAAAGAAGAUCGAAGAUUGCAUGAGAUGUCCACUCUGCAACAUGCACUUCUGCGAGGCCACUACCAUAUGUGAAUGCCUUCAUACAUUUUGCAAGAAGUGCAUAUACUCAAAGAUAGUAGAUGAAGAGUUGGAUUGCUGUCCACAAUGCAAUACUCAUUUAGGGGUUGCCCCAUUGGAAAAACUCAGGCCAGACCGCAUGUGGGAUAAUAUAGUGGGCAAUAUCUUCCCUUCUUACAGAGAAAAGGUCAACGUACCUGAAGACAACAAUGCGCAAGAUACAACAUCAAAGCCCCUUCCUUCCGAAAGAAAAAUGGUUAAGGAACCUGCAGACUGCAAUGCGCAGGAUAUGACUGCAGAGCUUCUUCCUUAUGAAAGGAGAAAGAUUAGGGCACCUGCAGACUUCGAUGUGCAAGAUAUAACAGCAGAGCUGCUUCCUUCUGAAAGUAGAAAGUCGAAGACACCUGCAGACGACAAUGUGCAAGAUGUAGAGGCAGAUCCCCUUCUGUCCGGAAGGAAAAAGGUUAAGGAACCUGCUGUGACCUCAACUAAGGAGAUAUAUCUCUCUUCAUUGUUGAGAAAUUCACCUCCAGGAUCCGGUGGGUCUGAGAUGAGUGGACAAAGAAGGUAUCCUGCACGAAGGAGAUUUCCUCUACAAGAGUCACUUUCGAUUCAGGAGCCUGAAAAGAACGAGGAUGUUUUCCAUGAGAGACUUAAGUCACCUCAGACACUAAAAACGGUUUCACUAUUUACCAAACAGAACUCUGCUAAGGGAACAUUGAAGCAGCACAUGCUUAACAAGGGUGUGGUGGACAAUUCUCAAUCAAAGGACGUGAAACCUGAAAUUUUGAAACCAUUAAACCGACUGGUUGAAGCUGCAAGCAAGACAAGUCCUGAUAAGAUUAAUCUGCAACUGCAACUUCCUAUUUCCGAACCAAUGUUGCCUGAUGCGCUCAACAACGAAGCACGUGAGGUUAAGCCCGUUAUAGAAUAUGGAAACAAAUCCAAAGUCGGUGGCAGUGUGAAUCAAUCUAAUCCUGCGCCAUCAGGUUUGGUGAGUUUUAGGAAACCACAACGCGGACGAAAAAGAAAACCAGCUGUACCUGACGGACUCAACAUUCCAGCACAAUCUGUGGUUGAUGCAAAUGAUAAGUGUGACCGAAUAUUACGUCCAAUUUGGUUCUCAUUGUUUGCUUCCGAGCACCAGGAAGGCUUUCCACCCUUGCCGCAGUUACCUUCAUGUUACUUGAGAGUCAAGGAUGGUAGCUUUCCCGCUUCGUUCUUAAAAAAGUACCUGGUGAAAAAGCUGAAUCUUAGAAGCGAGGAUGAGGUGGAGGUCACAUUGCACGGAAAGCCAAUACUUCCUACAUUGGAGCUGCAUAACUUAGUCGACUUGUGGUUACAGACAACAGCAUCUGCAUCUCAGAGGAUACAGGCGACCGUAGGAAGCUCUGCAGAGGAAUACGUGCUGCCCCUCACAUACAGUCGAAAAAAGCUGCUCCGUUAGACUAGCUUUAGCUAUUCCUGUAGUCGUGGCCCUGUAAAGGUGAUCAGUCCAGGCAGCCGCAGUCUGGGAUGCCUUCACUGUGUUGUUCUCCGUACGCAAAUUUCAUUUGUUCGUUCUUUUCA